AAAUGGAGGAUUACACUCAAUAUUAUUGCACUUUAUUUAUCAUAUAUAUUUAUACAUUAAUUAUUUAAUGUUUAUUAAAUUUAAACAAAUUUUUGUUAAUGUUUUGUUUAUAUCAUAUAUAGGAUAUAUUCAGUUAUUUUGUUAAUAUACCGGUACUUAUAAUAAAAUGAGUGAAAGCGGUAGAAAAUUUGACAAAAUUUGUGUUAUAUGUGGGGAUCGAUCUCGAGGCUAUAAUUUCAAUGCAAUCACUUGUGACUCGUGUCGGGCAUUCUUCAGGCGAACAAUCAGUAAUAAUCGGACAUUUGAAUGCAAAUCAAUGACAAAUUGUGUGAUCAGUUAUAAGACAAGACAUAACUGUAAAUUUUGUCGUUUAAACAAAUGUUUUGCUAUGGGAAUGAAAAAAGAGUUAGUCCAGACUCGAGAAGAGAUUAUAUCGAGAAAACAAUUGAUUUUAGAAAAUAAGCAAAAAACACAAAAUUUAGUUAAAAUUGAUGACAUCGAUGAUAUUAUAUUGUAUAAUAAUAAAGACAAUAAUACUGAUAUUUUGAAAUCAAUUACUGAACAAUUGGGACUCAAUGAUGAAGACAUUAAUAUGGAAAUUGACAAAAUUGAAAGCUAUUUACUUUCUGAUGAAACUAAAGAUUAUUUAAACAAAUCAAUUGACGCCGACUUGUGUUUUACAAAGUCUAUUGAGAAGUCAUCCAAAUAUGGAGCUAUAGUUCCCAUUUUUAAAACACUUUUAGAUUAUAAUGGUUUCAAUCAGUUAGAGAGCAAUCAUAUGACGGAAUUGUUUGAUGCCUCCAAUGUCUUUGGAUUUGUUAUCGGUUACAAUAAAAUAAAUAUUACUAAUAAACAACAACUGAUGGCAAUCGGGACGCCAUCCAUGGCUAAGAAUAUGUCGAGUGUUGUCACGUUUUCUAAGAAAUUAAAUGCUUUUAAGGAUUUUUGCGAAGAAGAUCAAUUGGCACUCAUGAAGAUGGCAUUGUUUGAAGUAUUUCUCUUAAGAUUUAUGACUUUCUAUGACAGCCAACACAAAAAAAUGUUUUAUUAUUACGACAAAGAUAAUCAUUUAGAAAUAGACCUGGAUUUAGUUUUUAUUAUAAUGAGUGUUAAAAAUGUCAGUAAAUUAUGUAAAGUUUGUGGAGAUUAUUCAGUUGGCCGCAACUUUUCAGUGAUUGUUUGUGAACCGUGUAAAGCAUUUUUUAGACGUAAUGCUCUCAUUGAACAAACAUUAAAAUGUCUAUCAAAUGGAAAAUGUAUAAUAAAUAUUGAAACGCGAAAGUCGUGUAAAAUGUGUAGACUUAACAAGUGUUUUACAGUUGGUAUGAGAAAAGAGUUUAUUAAAAGUGAUGAAGAAAAUGAAAAGCGAAAACAAUUAAUUGAAAAUAAUAGAAAUAAACGUCAAAAACGACAACAAAUAAACAAUACAUACAUAGAUUCGGUCGACAUUUGUAAAAAUUUUAAUGUAAUUAGUUGUGAAUCGUGUAAAGCAUUUUUUAGACGAUAUGCACCAAAACAAGAGCAAUUGAUUUGUCCAUCAGAUGGCAAAUGCAAAAUUAAUUUCAAUACAAGAACUUCUUGUAAAUUAUGUCGACUAAAAAAAUGUUAUACAAUGGGAAUGAUUAAAGAAUUAAUACGGAGUACUGAAGCAAAUCAAAAGAGACAAAAAUUAAUUGAAUUAAAUCGACAAAAACGCUUACAUUUAAUGGACAAACAAUCGGAUUUGUCAUCAGAUAAUUGUUUGUCUAAUAUUUCUGAUAUAUCUAAGAAUGAAAGUGAUUUAWUAACACAAAUAACUGACACCACAAACAACAUCAAUGAAAUUGAACUGAAGAAACAAAUUAUGGAAAUUGAAAUAUAUGUGACAUUUGAAGAAUUAAGAUAUCGAUUGAAACAAAUAAAAGAGAUUUCCAUUUGUAGACCUAUUUGUUGUGCCGAAGACUGGAAUAAAUUAGAAAUGUUUCGUAUAUCAGAAUUAUUGAAAGCCUCACAAUUAAUAACAUAUAAGAUAAAUGAGGAGGGACAGUUUAUUAAAUUUGAUAAUAAAUUACAAAUGAUACAAAAGGCUGCAGUUUAUAUGGAGUCAUUUAUGACACAUAUCUAUUGUUUUAUUAAAUCAUUAAACAGUUUACAAAAUUUGCAUUUUGAUGAUCAGUCAAAACUUGCAUUAUAUGGAUGUCAUAACAUAUCGUUUCUAUUAUCUCUUAAAAAUUAUGAUAGAGUUAAUCAACAAAUUCGCUUAUAUAUGGUAUGUAAUAAUAUUGAAAAAUAA